AUGGCGCCAGCGUUUUCGAAGGGACGUGGCAAUAAGAGGCCAUCAUCAACAUCUUACACUUCAACCGUUACAGCACUAGUCUUCGUUGCACUAUGUGUCUUCGGUGUAUGGAUGGUAGCUUCCAACUCUAUGGUCUCAUCACCUAAACGCGCAACCAUAACCACCCACACCGCCAUUGAUAACACCGAAGAAGAACUCCUUGAAUCCGUAACUAACACCAACAACAACAACAAUGACAACUCAGACGAAUCAUCCGAUCAACCCGUUAACAACAACCAAGAUGAUUCAUCUGACGGCAUAACAAAAAGCGAAGAAUCUGAAUCAAACGAAAAUGGUUCAUCAGACAAUAACAAUUCUGAUGAUGGCGCCCUGUUAUCAUCAACUCAGAACGAAGCAUCAUCAGAGUCAAACGAAAAUGGUUCCUCAGACAAUGAUAACAACAAUCAGAUUAAAGCAAGCAAGAAGGAUGAAGAAAAUCAAGAACAAAGUAUGGAGUCUCAGAAUAAUAAUGUGGACACCGGUGGAGGCGAGAGCCAAGAACAAAGCUCGUUAGGUAAUGACGAACAAGAGAAUGAGAAGCAGUUGAGAGAGGAUAAAGGGGAAAACGACGAUAGUACAGAGGAAGCAGAGAAGAAAAGAAAGAAAGCGUCAAAGAAGGAGGAAGCAAAGGGUGAUGAUGAUAAUAACAACGAUUUGGAGUGGCAUCUAUGCAAUGUAACUGCAGGAUUUGAUUUUAUACCGUGUUUGGAUAAUGAAAAGUAUCUCAAGUAUUCACAUAGGAAACACUAUGAGCAUAGGGAACGCCAUUGCCCUGAGGAUGCACCUACUUGCUUAGUUCCACUUCCAAACGGUUACAAAGAACACAUACCAUGGCCUAGCAGCAGAGAUAAGAUAUGGUACCAUAAUAUACCACACACAAAGCUGGCAGAGGUGAAGGGGCACCAGAAUUGGGUGAAGUUAACGGGUGAAUUCUUGACAUUUCCAGGAGGUGGCACCCAGUUUAUCCAUGGAGCUCUCCACUACAUUGAUUUUCUUCAAAAGGCGGAAGCAGGGAUUGCAUGGGGAAAACACACAAGGGUGAUAUUGGAUGUUGGGUGUGGGGUGGGUAGUUUUGGAGGUUAUCUAUUUGAAAGAGAUGUAAUUGCAAUGUCAUUUGCACCGAAAGAUGAGCAUGAAGCACAAGUGCAGUUCGCCCUUGAGAGAGGGAUACCAGCCUUAUCAGCUGUCAUGGGUACCCAAAGGCUCCAAUUCCCCGGUCGCGUCUUUGAUCUUGUCCAUUGUGCACGUUGUCGUGUACCUUGGCAUGAAGAUGGUGGCUUGCUGCUUUUGGAAUUGAACCGUGUUUUGAGGCCAGGGGGUUUCUUUGUUUGGUCUGCUACUCCUGUGUACCAGACGCUCAAAGAAGAUGUUGAAAUAUGGAAGCAAAUGUCUGCUCUAACGAAAGCCAUGUGCUGGGAGCUGGUGACCAUAAAAAAUGAUACAUUGAACCAAGUUGGUGCUGCUUUCUUCCGAAAACCUGUGUCCAACGAAUGCUAUGAGCAAAGGGAGGAAAAUGAACCUCCUAUGUGCAAAGAUGAUGAUGACCCAAAUGCUGCCUGGUACGUACCACUACAAGCAUGCCUUCACAAGUUGCCAGGCGAGAAGAGUGAGAGAGGAGCCGAAUGGCCUGAAGCAUGGCCGGAAAGGCUACAUAAAGCUCCAUACUGGUUAAGCGACUCUCAAGUAGGGAUAUUCGGAAAACCACUUCCUCAAGAUUUUGUAGAAGAAGAUCAACGUUGGAAAGAUGUUAUAGACGAGCUUAGCAAUAAUGGUGUUAGUUGGUCUAAUAUCAGAAAUGUCAUGGACAUGCGAGCUGUUUAUGGCGGAUUUGCUGCAGCUCUAAGGGAUCUUCAACUUUGGGUGUUCAAUGUGGUGAACAUUGAUUCUCCGGACACACUUCCUAUUAUCUAUGAGCGUGGUCUAAUUGGAAUUUAUCAUGAUUGGUGUGAAUCCUUUAGCACCUAUCCAAGAACUUAUGAUCUUCUACAUGCAGAUCAGCUCUUCUCAAAGCUAAAGAAUAGGUAUCCAUUUAUGUGCAAACUUGGUCCUGUUAUAGUAGAAGUUGAUAGAAUAGUGAGACCAGGAGGUAGCUUGGUUGUCCGUGAUGAAUCCAACGCCAUUAGCGAAGUGGAAAGUUUGUUAAAAUCUCUGCAUUGGGAAGUAACCUUAUCCAAAGACCAAGAAGGAGUGCUCUUUGCCAAAAAAGGCUAUUGGAGACCCACCUCUUUUAUAUCACUCUUCUAA